AUGGAGCGUGUGCGGGGAGCUGGGGCCGUGCUGGCGGUGCUGGUGGUGCUGGGAGCCCCCCCGGCUGCGGGCGAGGAGCUGUCGGGGGUGUUCCAGCUGAUGACAAACCACGAGUGUCACUUCAUCAACGGCACCGAGCGGGUGAGGUUCGUCGAGAGGCACAUCUACAACCGGGAACAGUUCCUGCACUUCGACAGCGAUGUGGGGGUCUAUGUGGGGGACACCCCACGUGGGGAGACCCUGGCCAGGCACUUCAACAGUAAACGGGAAUGGCUGGAGUACAAACGCUCUGCGGUGGACAGGUACUGCCGGUACAACUACAAGGCUGAUGCUCCGUUCACCGUGGAGAGGAGAGUGCCCCCCAGCGUGUCCAUCUCGCUGGUGCCGUCGAGCUCCCAGCCCGGCCCCGGCCGCCUGCUCUGCUCCGUGAUGGAUUUCUACCCUGCGCCGGUGCAGGUGAGGUGGUUCCAGGAUGGGCAGGAGCUGCCGGAGCACGUGGUGGCCACCGACGUGGUCCCCAACGGGGAUUGGACCUACCAGGUGUUGGUGAUGCUGGAAAUCCCCCCCCGGCGCGGGGUCACCUACAGCUGCCAGGUGGAGCACGUCAGCCUGGAGCACCCCCUCAGCCGGCACUGGGAGAUGCCACCGGACACCGUCCGCAGCAAGAUCCUGGUGGGGGUCGGGGGCUUCGUCUUGGGCUUGGUCUUCCUGGCGCUGGGGCUCGCCUUCUACCUGUGGGAGAAGAGCUCCUGAGCCACCGGCGGCCGCAGCCCCUCCCCGUGGCCUCGGGCCCAGCCGGGACCCCCCAGUCCAUCCCCACACUGAGUUUGGGGGGUCGUGUGUCCCCCCCAGCCCUGCUUUUAUUCUGACCCCAGCCGGCUGCUCCCAGUGUUCCCAGUAAAGCUUCCCAGUUCUCCCCAGUCCCUGUUACUGGGGGGCAGUGAGGGCAGGGGGGAGGGGAUCCCUGUCACAGCUUUACUUCUUCUAAAAAACCAAGCAGGAAUUUUUCUUUCCCCUGCCCCACUGGAAAAGAAAGAUGUUGAAUGGGGGAGGGGGCUUUGCCUUGGGUGACUCACACCCACAAAAGAACUGGCCCAGCCCACAUUGCAGGUUGGGAGCCCUCAGAAGGCUCUGGGGGGGUGGAGUUUUUUGCUUUCUCCUGGGCAAAGGGCAAGGCCCUUCCCUUUGGCCUUAACUCAGGCAAGGGGUGUGUUGGAGAGGCUCCGAGGUCCUUUUGUUCUCGGCCUGCUCAUCUGGCUGUUUGCUGGUUCCCGUUUGCCUUCGUUUCCUGCGCCCUGUUCUGCCCCCAGCCCGGACCUGCUCGGACUUCAUGGGACAGGUUUGACCCCCUGUACCAGGGUGAAUUUAUGCUGAUACUUUUGGUCUGUGUUUUGCCCUGCCACCUGAGAAAGCUUUGCUCUUUCCCUGCCAAGUUAUGGGAAAACAAGCCCUGAUAAACAGGAAAGUUGUCCUUGAAGAGAGCUUCUUGUAUAAACUGUUGUAAUUGGCAUUCUGUGAUUGGCCAGAUGUCCUCCAAGGUCGCUUGAAGGAGAGUUUGAGGAGGAGGAUGAGGAAGGCUCGACCCCAGACUCAAUUAAGAAAGACCCCCAAAACACACUGCACGUGCGUGAGGGGAUUUCCCAAGUUCUCACGCGUGUGCAGAAGAGAUGCACUGACAUAACCAGGGGUGGGACUGAGGGCCUCGGGCUGGGCGGUGCUGGCCACACCUGGGAGGUGGUAGUAACUCAAUUAAUUGUAUAAAAGUAGACAGUGCUUUCUUGGCUGCAGGUUAGGCUUUACUUCAAGGACAACGUUUCCUUUGGCGGGAACACCUGCCAGUUUGUGAACUUACUGACUCUCCGAGGAUGCAGCUUCUGCUCUGGGUAAUUAUAGGUAUGCCAGGUCGGUAAGAGAACUUUAUGGGCAACAGCUGGGUGACUGAGAAAGUCAUGCUGGGGGCUUAUUUCUCUCCUCCUUCCUCUCU